GGGAUUUCAGUGCGUUGACUAAAUGCCACGUCGGAUUGAGCCUGAGCAGCAGCAUUUACUGGUCUUUAUUUGAUCGACUGCGCAAAAUAAGUGAAAUCGGAGUUUGUUUGUUUUUCCCGUUACCGGUUUUAAAGGUUACCGGAGUCGUGUGCGGAUACAGCAGCAGGAGGAAUGAGGACCUUCAUCAGAUCACUGUUUCUGAUCACUGUUGGGAUGGCCGUGUGUCAGCAGACGCUCGCUCACGGACACUCGCACGGCGACGGAGGCUGCCACGGACACUCGCACGGAGGGGCCAAGAUGCAUCAUGGGGCCAGCAAGUGGAGCGCUGAAGCCAACCUGCCCCACGCUGAAGAGGAGCAUCACGGACACGCACACGAUCACGGACACGGACACGAUCACGGACACGAUCACGGACACGCACACGAUCACGGACACGCACACGAUCACGGACACGCACACGAUCACGGACACGAUCACGGACACGCACACGAUUACGGACACGCUCACGGACACGAUCAUGGACACGGAGCAGAGCGGCUGAAGAGAGAUGUGGAAGCAGGGAAGCGGAGCACGAUGGAGCUCUGGAUGCAGGCCAUUGGAGCCACUCUGCUGAUCAGCGCUGCGCCCUUCCUCAUCCUCUUCCUCAUCCCAGUGCAGUCGAACACGGACCAGCACCAGAACCUGCUCAAAGUGCUCCUGAGCUUCGCGUCCGGAGGGUUGCUCGGGGAUGCGUUCCUUCAUCUCAUCCCUCAUGCGCUGGAACCUCAUUCUCAUCAUGGUCAGUCACACGGCAGCGACGGGGCACAUGGUAGUGAGGAGUCACACGGUCACUCACACGGUGCCGCCCAUGGUCACAUGAUGUUGGUCGGGCUGUGGGUGCUGGCUGGCAUUGUUGCGUUCCUGGUGGUUGAGAAAUUUGUUCGUCUUUUGAAGGGAGGACACUCUCACUCUCACUCUCAUGCUGCUCCAAAGGCUAAAGACAGCGAUGAAGAGGAUGAUGACAAGAAACGAGAGAAGAAGGGAGGGAAGGAGAAGAAGGCUGCAAAGAAAGCAGUAGAGCCGGGUUCUGAUAUUAAAGUGUCGGGUUACCUGAACCUGGCUGCUGAUUUCACCCACAACUUCACCGAUGGUCUCGCGAUCGGCGCGUCAUUCCUGGUAGGUCCAGCGGUCGGCGCUGUUACCACCAUCACCAUCCUCUUACAUGAGGUCCCACAUGAGAUUGGAGACUUCGCCAUCCUCGUCCAGUCAGGCUGCACCAAGAGGAAGGCCAUGUGUCUGCAGCUCCUCACCGCCAUUGGUGCACUAGCUGGAACUGCCUGCUCCUUAUUGGCUGAAGGGGUGGGUGCCGCGGCAACAGCCUGGAUCCUGCCCUUCACUGCGGGAGGCUUCGUUUAUAUCGCGACCGUCACGGUUCUUCCAGAGCUGCUGGUGGGACGCUCUAGCUUCUGGCAGUCAAUGCUGGAGAUACUUGCUCUGCUGUUCGGUGUGGGAAUGAUGGUGCUGAUCGCAGAGUACGAGUGAGGGACGGACAGUGCCUUGUUAGAAAGAAGAACCUUUAAAAUGAGGUGAAGAGACCAGUGCAUGGUCACCUGAACCUCUAGAGACUAAGAGUGUGUUGAGAUGAAUGCUAGUAUUGACCACAGAGAAAAAAUAUUAAUAAUAAAUUGGAAUGAAUGAGGUAGAGAGAGUGAAUGAAAAUAAAGUGCUGAACUGCUCUCAUUAACCCAAAGACCAACAUGAAUGGAUCAUUUAAUCAUUUUAGGCACAGGAACCUUCCCAGGGACCAACAGCUAGAAAAUCCCGUCCGGGUCUCUAUACUGAUGCGGACGGACAGAUAACCGCUCGCUGGAGCACAGCUUCUCUCAGCAGUAGACUGCUUUUCUAGAAAUAUCAGUUACGUUACAUGAUUCAAUCUUUUCAUUUGCUGUUCGCACAAUGAAUGUUAAUGUGAUUCCUUCUUAAGCAGAGUGUGCUUUCUCUUGAUUCCUCUACUGUAAUAUUCAGCUGUGUAGCCAUUAGUCAGUGACAGAGUGAUGUUGACUGUCAGCUCUUUAAAACACACACACACACACACACACACACUCCCCUGAGUCUCCUGGGCAAUCUGCAGCUUGUCAUUGGUGAUGGGUUCUUCAGAAGGUGCAAGCGCACUAUGUUUAUUAAAAUUACAAUUUAGGUUUAGUGUUUAUUUCUUUUCUUUAUGCCUGUAACUCCAUCCAUGGAGAUUGUUUUUUUUUUUAUCCUUUUAUGAAUUUGUUGAAAUGUUCAAUCUCUUUUACCUGUAAUGUAAACCCUUUACAUUCCCAUUGAGUGUAAAUCAAGCAUAUCACUUCACGAACAGAAGUGGAUGCAGUGUUGUUCAAUUUCAGUUCAAUAAAAGAGUUGUGGUACAUCUCUAA